ACAGCAGGUGGCAGCAUUAAGCAAAGUUUUCAUAUUAUUCUAGAAAGCGCUUUCUUCACGGACAUCACUAGUUUUAGUCGUUAAUCUCUAUCUCUGCAAAAUAACAGCUGACAUACAGCCAAAACAGCAAAUGAAAACAAACUGUGGUUUUAUUUCAAGGUAACGGUAUUAUGAUGGUUAAAAAGUGCGCUGAGAAGAGGGAAACACAUCCGCCUACUUGCUAAUGAUAGCAGGUCUUGCGUUCUCCGCUAUUUUGGCUCACAGCUCGGUCAGGCAGGCAGGCAGGCAGGCAGGCAUGACGGAAGUCUGGGUGACACUUGCAGGAACCGUGUUAUUGCGAUAAAACGCUGUUGUACAAAAGAAGGCUGGAGGCGACAUCGGGAAAGCUGGCAGCUUUAUACAGAACACCGGUCCUCCCGGAGGACAUGGAGAUUUCGACGGAGGGAGAGGCGGAGGAGAGCAGGAGGGAGCACUGGAAGCUGCUGUCCAGUCUGAAGACCACAGUGGAGGGUCUGGUGUCCACUAACAACCCCAACGUGUGGUCACGCUAUGGUGGCUUGCAGCGGCUCCACAAAGACAUGAACAACAUCCUCAGCCAUGGACUGAAGAAUGAGCAGGUGUACUACAAGCAGAGAGACUACUGGCCAUUUGUGUGGUGUGUUCGAUAUGCCAACCCUCACCUUGCCUCACAUGUUGAACAGUUCAGUCACCUGGAGCCAGUGUUGAGCAGUGGGUUGCAGAGUGCAGGUGAAAGCUACAAGGCUGAACGCUGGCUGCUUCACAGCUUGCAGGUACACAUGUUGUCAGCUCAGCUCCGACCUCUGCUCAGGCAUCUGGGACAUACACGGAAAUAUUACAAUGAUGAUGCCUUUCUGAUGAGCGAGCCACAUGUGAUUGCCAUGUUCCAGUGUCUAGAAGCUGUGGAGCAGAACAACCCCAAACUGCUGGCCCAAGUAGACACUGUUGGGCUGUCCCCACUGAAGGGCCUUUUGAAGAGCCAGAGCUUGUGCGUGUUGCCUGGGGCCUGGAGGAAUGCUGACUUAGCCCCCGGAGGAGACCCUCUAAACCGCAGACUCACCACGUCCAGCUGCUCCCUACGAGAACCAGUCUCUUCCAGCCAUAACUCUGGGAACACUAUGGGAGUCGGACCCCAAAACAGGAGCAACACAAGUGAGGAAAAGCCGAAAGGUGACAAGUACACUACCUCUCUGUCCAGCACUCUGGGAGCUCCCUGGGUGUAUGUGUCUAGGCCAGGGGACAGUGAACAGGGUGUGACACCCUAUUCUGGCCCUGUCUCAGCCCCUUGCACCUCCCUAACAGAGUCCCCCACACCCAUCUCCGUUCAGCCAGAGGCCGGGGACUCUGCUGACGGUGACUAUGACGAUGGUCCAGAGUACCUGGCUAUUGGUAACUUGGGACAACAUAGUCGCCGUGACUCCAGAAGCUCCAGCCACAGCAGUGAGCAGGGCAACACCCAGGACCAGUGCCUACAAAGGAGGUCCCAGGCUCCAUCCACAACCAGACGCUCAUCUUUUUCAGAGGGCCAGAGAGGCCCUAUGAGGGGGACCCGAGGACACAUCCGCUCAUUUUCUGACACAGGGCUCAAUCAUAAACUCAGGAGUGGAGGGGGCCACCGAAAAAUCACCAUAAUAAUAGAAGAUCCAGUAGCAGAAUCGACAGGGGAUGACUGCUCUAUGAAAGCCUACAGCCCUUUCUCACCUCACUGCAGUGAUGCCAGCACCUCCAGUUCUCUCUACACUGAGUCUUAUGGGUCCCAGUACAGCACUGUGCCAGAUGGGAUGUUCAGGAAGCCGUCAGAGGGCCAGAGCCUCAUCAGCUACCUGUCAGAGCAGGACUUUGGCAGCUGUGCUGACCUUGAAAAGGAGAAUGCUCAUUUCAGAAUUUCUGAGUCCCUUAUUGCCGCCAUCGAACUAAUGAAGUACAACCUGCGGCGUCAGGAGGAGGAGGGCGAGGAGGAGGGAGACAGCGACUGUGAAAUUCAGCAGCUCAAGCAGAAGAUCCGUCUGCGGAGGCAGCAAAUCCGCCGCAACCGGCUGCCGCCCUGUGCCACCUCCCAGCAUGUUUUUCACUCCACUGACAGCGGAGGCUCCAGGAGGAGCUCCCAAGACUCCUGCCAGGGCCUGUCUGACUCAGGAUCAGCCGAAGAGGUGGAGGAGUGCGAACUAAAAGAUGGCUGUGAGGGUCAGUCCCUGCUGGUGGUAUCUCAGAACGGCCUCUCCCUGUCACUCGCCUCCCUCUUCUCAGAUGCAGACAUAAAGCGCAGUGUGAGCUCCAGCAGCCAGUCUUUUCUCAGCUCAGAGUCCAUGUACCGCUCUCCAUCCUUCCUGCAGUCUAACUCUGCUGAGUCAGUAGCGAUGGGCUUGCUCAGGCAGUUUGAGGGCAUGCAGCUUCCGGCAGCCUCAGAGCUCGACUGGCUGGUCCCAGAACAUGACGCUCCACAGAAGCUGCUGCCCAUGCCUGACUCUCUGCCGAUCUCACCUGACGACGGUGAACAUGCAGACAUCUACAAGCUGAGGAUUCGAGUCCGUGGCAACCUGGAGUGGGCGCCGCCCCGACCUCAGAUCAUCUUCAACAUUCAUCCUGCCCCCAAGAGGAAGAUAAUUGUGGCUAAACAAAACUACCGCUGUGCUGGCUGUGGCACCCGCAUUGACCCAGACUAUAUUAAGCGACUACGUUACUGUGAAUACCUUGGCCGUUACUUCUGCCAGUGCUGCCAUGAGAAUGCACAGGCGGUGGUUCCUGGUCGAGUGCUGAGGAAGUGGGACUUCAGCAAGUACUAUGUCAGCAACUUUUCCCGGGACCUGCUGAGCAAGAUCGCUGGAGACCCUCUGUUCAACCCUCAUGACAUCAACAGUGGCCUGUACAAGAAGAUCAAAGCUCUGGAGGCUGUCAGGGUUUUGAGGGUGCAGCUAUUUCACAUGAAAACUCUCUUCAAGACCUGUCGCUUUGCUAAAGAGGUGCUGGACCAGUUCGACAGCCUGCCAGGUCACCUGACCGAGGAUCUUCACCUCUUCUCCCUCAAUGACCUCACUGCUGUGCGCAAUGGGGAACUGGCUCCUCGAAUGAAAGCGCUGCUUAAACUCGGUACCAUGCACGUAGCUGGCUGUGUGCUGUGCCAGGCGAAGGGCUUUGUGUGUGAGUUUUGCGGCAAUGACAAAGACAUCAUCUUCCCUUUCCAGCUGAACAAGUGCCAGCGCUGCGAAGAGUGCCACGCAUGCUACCAUCGCAGCUGCUUCCAGACAGGUAAAGGCUGCCCUCGGUGUCUGCGGCUGGCGGAGCGGAGAGAGAGGAUGGCAUGCAAAAACAUGGAGGAACAAGAAGAUGAGGGAGGUGGGCCUUAGUGUUGGUAAAAGAGGAAACUCAGAGACAAAAGAAGGAAGAGUGCAAUGCGACCAUGAUUGUAGUGACCGACUACCGCUCUGUUCCAGUCCUCUCAGACCUGGGUGACAGUACUCGCUCUGAUCCCAACAGACUGCCAGAUGUGCAGGUUUUUCCACAUCAGGGUGUCAGGACCAUGAAUUGUCAACUGGAAAGUGGUUACUGUUUUUUCCCAGAAGCCCUUUUCAUUCAUGCACUUUACUGUGUGACUGCAUCCCAUUUGAAAAGGAAGCAGACUCAUUUUCUUAAAAAAACUAGUGACUUGUGGGUUAAAGAUCAGUUCCCUCCUUUUGCUUGGCAGUCAUCCAGUUGAGCUUUCCUCAAAAAUAAAAAAUAGAACUAGUUAUAUUGUCAUUUCUAUACAAUAUGACAGGGUUAUCCACAGAAUGAAGUUCCUUACAUGAUUAUUUUAUUUAAUAUCUAAUAUAAUGCAUAAAUGAAAGUUAAAGCCCCUGUUUAAUGUUAUCAACACAAGUGGUAGUAUAAACAAAUCAUCUGACUAAUUCUUUUUGCUCCAAAAAUCUGUUUUAAAAUGCGUCAACACUUUUCUGUUUUGUGUCAGGGUUUUAUUUUUUUGAGUAAAACUUUUUCCGUGUGGCCACAGUUUAGAAGAGUUGUGUGGAAAAAAAAAAUCAGUUAAAUUGUUUAGUAUGAGAGAGGACAAAAGCUGAUGCCUUACAGGUAUAAUUGACACUGGUUACAUGUGUGAAGUGGGCCUUUGUUUUCCUGAGGUAAAGUUAAUAGAAUUAAGUAGAUCAGAAAAACAAAAAUUUGCUCAGGUUUGCACUAUUGUACCCAGGUUUGAUAUAUCUCCUCGCCUACAGUUGCAGCCUGCGGCUUUAACUGACUGCUGACUAAGCUAAUGCUUGUUUUUCUCACCUAAAAUGCACAACCUAUGAACCCAGUGUAUUUUUUUUUUUUUUUAUGAAAGUAAAAAUUUAGAUAUCUUUUAUGACUUGACUGACUUUCAGCCCAGACAUUGAACAUGAGUGAUGUUUAGGUUUUUGUUUUAAUUUGAAAACACUCAAGAUAUUUAAUUAACCCUUUCUUAGUCCUGCUCCUUACUGUAAUUUUUAAAAACCUGUUUUAGCCACACUUAUGUGCCUCUAUGCAGAUGAACUGACAGUGAAGCUACAUUGGAAAGUUUCAGAGUCAGUGUCACAAAUGAAAUGUUUUAAAUGGAACUGCAAAUGCUCUGUUUGUGUGGAUGUGAAUAUGAGCGCUUCUGUGUGUGUUGUGCCUACGUAUGUGCACACAUAUCUACCUGCUGUAAUGUACAUGCGGCCAUGCACAAAAGGUUUGCCCCAAAUCAGCACUUGCCUGUUUUCUAACAUUGUAGGUUUUGGGAUAAUCUAGAGAUUCCUGUUAAUUGCACUGAUCCUGUCUGGCUUAGUGCGAUUUUUUCCAAACCCUUACUGCAGAAUGUUCCUGUUUCGUUAAUGAAGCUGCUGUCACCUGAAUUGCACUACAUUGUGAUGGCUCUCAACCCAAUCAAAGAGAUCCACGAUUUAAUAGACAAUUAGGCGUAUUUGUAAGUUAUCAGAUUGCAUUAGUCACCCCCAUGGACUGAGGUUUUUCCACAUUUAACUGAGUUUUAUCCUCCAGCAGAUCUUACUGAUGCAGUGGUUCCCAACCUUUUUGGCUUGUGACCAAAAUGUGCUUAUUCACCCUUUUGCUAAGAGUAGGAUGCAAAGGGUGGUAAUCACUCUUAUUAUUUGCAUGUUAAAUAUGUAUCUUGGGCCAGAAACGGGUUAACUUAGCUUAGCUUAGCAUAAAGCACCUCUAAAGCUCACACAAAAUAAAGUGUACGGCAGUCUAUUAGUGUAAAUAUCUUGUGUUUUGGAAUAUUUCUUGAAUGGGAGCAGUGGGAUCUGUACUGGUUAGCCUAACUAGCUACCAGGAAAACUAACAGGCUACGUGUUUAAGAUUAUAGAUAUGAGAGUGCUAUUGAUCUUCUGAUCUAAAUAAAAAAGCUACUAAUGAAUUUUUUUCCUAAAAAUUGAUUAUUUAAGCUCUUUAUAUGAAGAAGUUACUCCACCUUGCAAGCUAUUGGUUUAUUUUUCUCUUAGAUUAUUUUAUUUCAGGGACCCAAAGGGCAAAGGUACCUGCAUCUAAGGAGAAUAAAGCAAAAAUGAUGAAAGUGAGGAGCAGUUAGCCUAUUGUUACAUAACAAAUGCUUUGUUCCUCCUUUCUUGCCUUUUCUAUCAUUAGGGGACUCCUAUUCAUCUUGGUAUGGAGCCACUGGUCUAGUAUACACUUUUUUUAGAUUCUUCACCAGUUACAGCUUACUUGUAAUUUCCUUUGUUUAUUGUGGCUGACUUAGCUUCACCUCAAGUUUCUAAGUAGUGGUCAACAGAGUGUGCUGUGGUAAAUAAGAUAAAAAUUUAAUAAAUGAAAUUCACUCCCCAGUUAAUGAUAGGAGGUUGUGAGGAAAAACGGAUUUGCAACUGACUGUUUAUUCUUGGGCUGCCUUUGCCAUGGGGCGUUUGAAGAAGGCUUAAAGUGCACUGCAGGUUAAAGUGUAUUAUUAAAAAGAUUAUUGUUAUUAUGAUUAUCUGUUCUGUAAUUGUCAACAAUAAAAGACUGGCUAGACUGUU